UAAAAAUCAGUCGUUCGCAGGGGCUGUUUUGGCGUGGUGUUGGUGCUGUGAUUUCUGUGACGAGUUCGCGUGCAGUUCCGUGGGAAAUUAUCAGUGAUUAGACGCGAGCCUGGCAUGAUAAAUGGUGGCUACCAGCAGCAUGGUGUAUGAGGAGAUAGUCGGGAUACGGGGGAGCUGACCCCAGCCUCCGCGCACACUUUUCACGCGCGAGAUGCCCCACAACUUGAACUCCGCUUCCGUCAACUCCGCCAACACAGGACCGAAUCAUCAGGCCUACACGCAGCAACCUUAUCACCGACACAACGGAGAUGGACUCCAGCCCGAGAAAGAGCCAGUGGAGUUCGACACCUCUCAUUUACGCGGCGCACCGGCCGAAGUUGAGGCACUGGUUCACAAUAUCAAAGAGGUCGCGCAGCAAUUCCUCUACCACUGGCGAACAUUCCCCAUCGUCCUUCCCUCUUCGUUGUCCACGUGCACAGAGGGCGAGGACACCCUCGCGAGGAAGAAACACCACCUGAGGGACCUGUUUGUCGCGCCGAGCUUCGACGAAUUGGAUUCAGUUGCGGUGGAUAGCAAGGGUGAGCCGAGGAGAUUGACGAAGAAACAGCUGGAGAGCAUCAGCAAACGAGGCUUUCAGAAGGAGAAGUACGGAAAACCGAAGAAGCUGAAUGCCACUCAAUUGGAGAGCAUUCGAAGAUGCGGAGAGUUCGAAGUGGAUUCGAUCAAUUUCGCCGGGCAAACUCACCGAUGGAGAUUGAGCGGACUUCUUCAGCGUGGCAGGGAUCGAAGGAGAGACGCGUUGCUACGAGAUCUAGCUUUGUCGACGAGAUUCCUCGUGGUGACGGGGAAGGCCAGACUGGUCUCCCAUUGCUUCAGCGUUUCGCAGUCUUUGAAAGCGUUAUUGACAGGACUGUUGCGGCUUCUCGAUAUAAUAAUCGGUGUGCCGUCGCUUCAAGCACACAAUUUAGAUGCCAAAAUCAGGGAGGAGCGGUGUCGAUACUUGGUCGCUGAACUAGUGUGCAGGCCCGAGUAUGAAGACUCUCUGGAACUACUGUGCGGCUUCGUCCGGAAACAGCUUCGACGAGCGACCACGGAGAAAUUCGAAGUGGAAAGAGAAUUGUCGCAACUAUUGCCUAUAUCGGUUCCAUUCGUAUUCGGAACACCUGCCGGAGCAGUGGUUGAUCUUAGAUUAUUUAGCAGAGACAUUAUCAAAAAAGCUUUACCGAUUCUAUAUGCUAUUUUGGAGAGAGAGACACGAGGCUGGUUUCUUCAUUUCAGAGAAAGACUGAUAUCAGAGUUGAGAGCACGGAAAAAGCCGGACGAAGAGAUCGAAAGAGAAGUGAACGAGGCUGUUAUGCGCGAAUAUCUGCAACGAGUGUUCUCCAAUAUUCUGUCGCAUCCGGACAUACUCGAUUUGGGUAACGGGAUCGCUCAGCUGUUGGUCCAACAGGCACAGUCGGUUGUGCUGAUGCAUCGAGCCGUGGAGACGGUGCAGCUGAAGCUGUUACAAACGAAGGAAGCACUGAGAUGUCAUAUCGAGAACGAGCAUCCGGUUCUAUCUCGAAUAGAGCCGUGGAUGAGAGACAGAAUGCGAGAAGUCGAAGACAAAUUCAUCGAAGAGUGCGAAUGGUGCGCUCACGAGGAGGCUCUUGCGUUGUGCACCCAUCAGAAUUUACAACAGACGGUUUACUUUCUUAACCGUGAUCUAACAUUUAUGAAAGAGAGAGAGCCAGUUUUACUGAAAGAAUUGCGCAAAGUGAAAACACCCACAAGAAGCUUCCAAUGGCCGACACAGAUAUGGCUUCCGAAGAAUUGGAUCGUCAGACGUAAUUUCCAGGGUCAGUCUGAAAUCAUACCAACGGUACUCAGCAACACUCCGACGUCUAUCACGACGCCACGCGCCGAUCCCAGUCAGCCUGUCUUCUUAGUAGAGAGAGAAAUCGUACAUACAACUACGACAAGAUGGCCUAUGUGGCGUUGGAUCAACUAUGUAGCCAGGACAUGGUGUUGGACUUGGAAUGCGAUGUUCCUGUUAGGCGUAGCAGUACCAUGGUGUAGUCCAGUCUCCAUACGAGCUUUGCUGCUCGUGCAACCCUUCACACCCGAUUUAGAAUUGAGCCAACUGAACGGAACCCUGUUCCCUAGGAAAUCAUCACAAAUGCCCACUCUUUGUUCACGUUUGAUAGCUCUUUGGAGACACAUUAGUAAAAGUCGGACGCAUUUCGAAACGGAACCGGACACUGGAUUCAUUGGAAAGGGAAUGACAAGGCAUUUAAACAGGCUAUGGAAUUAUGGCGUGAAAGGUCUUUUAGGAACACUCAUCAUAUUAUUUGUUUUUCCUGUUGUCUGCAUAGUCACCAGUUUAGGAUCACUUCUUAUUGCACUUACUGCAAUUUUGUGGAUGCCUUUGAUUACUUUAACGUUGCACGCAUUCAUGGCGCUCAUCAUGGAUUUGGAUAGCCCGGAACCAAGUAGGAAUCGAUAUUUGGUGAUUAUGGAAGCAUUAGUCUGGAAUAUUGGUAUACAAGGCUGUCUACAACCGAUCGCAGCGUUAAUUGUAGCUCUUCUUUUCUGUCCCAUCAUUUCUUUUGUGAUACUUACAAUUGCUGUGAUACGUUAUUGGAUUAGAGUGGUCUGGGACACGACUAUGUUCCAUUUAGUAAUAAAGAACAGGGGUCGUAUACCUGCCAGUGAUAGUUUCGUGGUUAAAAGAAUAGCUGGACCAGGACUAACUUCCGAUUAUUAUUACCAAAUUAGGCCUGAGCAAGCAUUAGCUGCGUUCGAAGCAAAACUGGAGCUGGAUGAACUGUUAGCCUUUCAACAGGAAAUAGAACGAUUGAUCACGCAACCGCAACGAGAUUUCACUCAGUUCGUAGAAGCCUGUUUCGGUCCGUUUGCUGCCAGUCUAGCCAAGACGAAAGAUCCAUACAAAUCGCUGGAAAAGGAAGCCAAAGAUCUGAUCGCCGUGUUGCACGAGAAAUUAGAUAGACGUAGGAAAAAUUUACAGACUGGUCUUGGAAUGGUAGUGAGAAGUAAAAUAAAGCUUACCACCUUCGAUUUGAAGGUGGUAAUACAACAAGGGGCGCUUAUGUUGGAACGUCUUUAUCCAACUCACGUGUUCGCAAGAUUAUCUGGAAACGAAGAAGAUUUCUGGGAAAACAAAGGUUUAAGCGUUGGCGACUGGGCCGGUUUAGCUGGCCUCAUGUACGCGGACAUUUUCAGCUUGAAUUUCCUUCAGCCUCUCGACGACGCUGAUACAAAAUUCAGAUUAGAACCUCAUCCAGGAGUCGAUUUGUCGCGUUAUACGGACAUGGUUCAUAGCACCGAGAUCGGUGGUACCAACGGGCCAGACUUACUUGGCGCUGUUUACGCACCACGUGGAAAGAUACAAGUCUACAGCCCUUCUUUGGAAGUAUCAGCUUUCAAUCCACGGUCUAAACAGAACAGUAACAGUAGAAAAUCUGACAAACGAUGACUUCUGACAUCGACAAAAAUUAGAAGACGCACAACGUCGGCCAUUGAUACAGGAGAGGGAUGCUGGCAACCGUGGAAACGACAAAUUCGUCCGUACAGUGCAGAAAAGUUGCUCAUUCCGCUUCCGAUCCCGCAUCCGGCGCAUAUAGCCGUCACUAUUCAUAAUCGUGAUUCCGAAAAUCCGAUCCCCCUCGAUUCAGAACUCUGUCAGAACAUACUGAAAGCUAUCGAGGAAUCGCCUGGUGAAAUGUCCACUGACUAUGUUAGUCGUUACAGAGGGGCUGCGGAUUCUAGUUUCGAUUCGGUAGCUUCGCAUUCCUCGGUCUCUGUUGAGACUGGCUUGGACAAAGAUAACGAAACGCAGGAGACAACGAAUACCGAGAAAGAAGGUGAAACUUAUCAUUGGACACUGUCGAAUUGGGGUGGUGGUAUGACCAGAAGAAGAAACAAUUCUGGAUCUAUAAAAGUUGAUCUUGCAUCUCCAGAAGAUGUUACUCUGGACACAGAUGCCACCAGAGUAAUGUUCAGUACAUACGGAACAACUGUUUGA